CGGGGCAAGCUCGACCUCGAGCGUCGAGGACAACAAUGAGAGAAAUCGGGAGAGCAUUAUUUAACGAGAAACAAUGCCGCGAGAGCGCGGCAAGACCAAGAUCGAGCGGAUACGCCACUACCUUGUUGGAACCGCUGAUACUAGGUACGGCGAUCAGUCGGAGUUGGACGAUGCGAGGGUCCUCAGUGACACGAAGUCGAUCGGUAGCUUGAGCCAGCACCUUUUCGAAAGCGACGAAGACGAGCGUUACUAUGGUACCUGCAACGGCUACGUCUCGCAACCCGGCAGCAAAUCGAAUCUGCUGCUGUGUAGCGAGUGCGAUCAGAAGACGCACACCUGCACAUACCAACCGCAAACACCUGACUCACAUGCCGGCAGAUACGUGGAAGAACGUAUAGAUGACCGGCAUCAGGAGCCAGGAACCUCUCGUGCCUACAGAAGCCCGGUGAAGCUGUCCUCUCCACACUCGUACCAUACGGAUCAAGAUCGCGUGGCGCAGACGUCGCCGCGAUCGUACCACGAUCUGGAGCAAGCAGUGCCGAUAACGUCACCUCGAUCCUACCGAACGCAGGAGCCACAGCGACGCGGAUGGACCGCCAGGGAUACGGACGAUCGAGGUGACGUCGACAGAGGCGAGUACCUCGACCAGUUCUGGUCCGAGGAUUGAACAAACCGCGAAAGCCCGAUCUGCGAGCUCUGCCGAGGUAACGGCUACGUCGUCGUGCACUGCGAGCACUGCGACUUCUCCAGCGACGGCGACCUGAUCUGCUUCCGCUGUCAGAGCGACGAGGGCUCGUCCAACGGUCAGGUAUGCCCGCGUUGCGAACGGGAGGCCGGAGUCACGUCGAGCACUGGCAGAUCCGGCUCCAGCGACGAAGGUAACGGCAAGUACCCCGUGGACGCCGUGGUGAAGAUCCAGGUGAACGAUCGGACGAUCGACGUUGACUCUGACGAGACCCCCGAGAGCGAGAGCUCGGGUAAUUAUCAUCCCCAGAGGGGUGCGAUGGAUCGACUCGACACCAUCGUCGAGACGAAAGGCGACACUGCCAGCGAGAACGACGAGGAAAACGGCGGCGGCACGAAGCUCAACGGUACCACUAGCGCGAGAUAUCUCAAUUAUAUGAUCGUGCUAUUCCUGUAAAUAGAAGACGACAUUGAAGUAGAUGCGGCCGGACCCGCGGCCCGCGGCUUUGCUUGGCGCGAAAUCGUAUACGGGGAGAUCGAUUGUUGGAUCGAUGAAGCGGCAUAAUUUUCUCAAUUAACUGAUACCAUCGUAAUCUCACGGAAAUUAUUUCAAUCGUAACUAUUAACCGAGCAAAAAUGAUUUUACCCGAGAAAUUUCGGCGGUUUCUUAAUUUUCUAAUUUCACUUUAACUUUGAGACCAGACACAGAGACUUUGUGACGUGUUACGUCCACAAUGUGCCGCGAUCGAUUUGCAAAAUUGGUUGGGACUGGAGCGAUGGCGAACGCCAAAUCAUUUACAAAUCGAUGACACUAAUAUCAGAGGGCCGCGGCUCGAGCCGCACUGUAAAUAAACUGCCACUGGAUAUAAUUGAUCCGUACAAUAUAGAACCGUAUAGAUUAAUUAAUAGAUAGCUCAUAUUAGUUAAGAUGCAGAUCAAGCGAGGCGGAAAGAAGGGAAGAGAGAUAAGAGAGUGUGUGUGCGUGUGUGUAUCACGUUCGACGCGCGCAGUAUUGCCGUGAGCUGAGAUCCGUGACGCAACAGUCGACACGUUUCGACACGCGAUUCUUGGAGCGGGUAUGUGCAAAGAUUAUAAUUACUCAGUUGCAGAUUAGGACUUAUCUGGUCGCCAGCGACGGCGAUGCGUCAAUUUGGAUCAAUUAAAUAUAUUUAUACGCCUUACAGUAAUGUCGAGUCUAAGUAGCUUUAAAUCGUAGACACGAAUGGGCAAAAGUAGAACAGAAUCAGAACACUGCUCGUUCAUUGUUAUUAGUAAUCGGUCGAGAAUAAUUUUGACAUUGCUCGUUUUUCUCAUCAAUGAGAUUAUAUAUAUAUAUAUAUAUUUUUUUUUUUUUUCGAUAUUUGAAGGUUUGAUGAUUUACAGAAAUUAUUAUUAUUUUAAAGUAAUUUAAAGAGGAGCGAACAGGCGAUAUUGAUCACAAGUAAUUACGAUUCUUGCACAACUCUCUACUAACUCAUGUUCGGGACCAACUAAAGCCAUCACCUACAUCACUGCUUCCGACUUCCGCUUCCACCCGUGAUCAUCGUUUGUUCGUUCGGUCAAAAAAGGAGUUUAGAAAAAACUCCUAAUCUUUCAUUCUUGACGAAAAUCGGUGACAUCGUUAUCUUCAUAAUGUACCGAGACAGUCGAACCGAACACUUCAUUCUCCCACAGCGAAGAAGGCAGGACGCGAUACACGAGCCCGCGAAUUCACCGAAUCUCGUGAAAAAAGAGGAAGAUAAGAGAGAAGAGACCAUUUCGUUCUCCUCCCAUGUUUGUAACACGCGGCAGCGAUUUUUUUUAACGUUUAUAAAUUACGGAGUAGAGUCCUUAGACGUGUAUGUUUUUUAAUGUUCAUCUUCCAAUUCCAUACCUCGAUGUAUCUGAAAUUUCCGACAUGUCGAAAAAUGGAUCAAAUUGGCUAGAGUCAUAUAGAUGAAAAUGAAGAAGGUAACGAAAGAAGAGAAAAAAUCGAAUCUCCUUCUUUCUUUUACUUUUUCGUCGAUUCGAAGAAUAAUGAAGAAGGUAAUUCGAGCGAUCGCAAAAUUAAGCUGAGUGAAUGGACGCAUUAUAAAAAAUGAUUGAUUGAGACUGGUAUAAUUCUGGAGUAAUGUACUUAUUGUCGAUUUCACAAGUAAGCAGAUUGUCCUGGAAUGCUUUUAGUUAUCGAAAUUUGAAAUAAUGCAAAUUAAGACGAAGAAAAUUAAAAGUAUAAAUUAUGAAAAAGAUAUUAGAAAUGUAUAAUUUAGAAAGAUUCAAGCAUUUUUUACAGUAUCGCUAAUUACGUCGAAAUCAUAUCAGUAUCAAUCUUUGAACUCGGGAGCGAUCAACCCGAGGAGAUAGAAGAGCAACAUAAAUCUUGCGGACUGGGUUCAUGUCAUCUGUAUGAUAUUCACCGAAUAAUGAUUAUCACGUAAGACAUUUUAUCCUUAGGAAGUAUCAGUACCCGAUAAGCUAAUCCCGCCGUGUUGCGAAGUCGCGGUAACCCGAAAAAAGGUGUAGAAAGAAACGAAGGUAGCAGGGAAGAAAAAAAGAAAACAUCACGACCGGUAGAUCAGUUUGGAAAACACAUAGCGAUUAAGUGCUCUUACUACGGAAAAAAAAAAAAA